AUGGACGUUCAUUUCCCUCCAAAUGGGUCUGAUGUGUCUGUGUCCUCUGGCCACUUGCCGCAGUUGACCUCGCUCAGUGGGCUACAGUCACAGCCUCUUCAGCAUUCUCAUUUGCCUGCUCAUACGCUGCCGCCGCUGCAACCCCAGAGUGCAGCUCUUUCCUUUGCUCGUUCUGUCUACAGUAGUUCGGCGAGCAGUGCUUCGCACACUCCCAGGGAAGCGCAGUCUCCGAAUGUUUCCAUUCCCGGCACCCCGUCGAGUCAAUUCCCUCAUGUGGGUUCGUCGUCGUCUCUGAGGGAUAUGGGAACAGGAUCCUACUUUCAACCGAGCACGUCGUAUCAAACCUCUCAGCCCCUCCCUUCGACGGCUACCUUGGCACACGCACAACCUCAUCCUAUCGCGCCUGCGCCGCCUCAUGGCCGCCUGCCCGUUCCCCUCCGUCCGAUGCCGAGCGGUGGCCUGGGGCCUUUGACGUUGCCCUCCCAGUACAGUCCGUCGCCUUCGCUCCCGCAGACUCCGGUCCUCUCAGAUCACGAACAACAGCCUACUCAUGUCGUUGGUUCUCAGGGUCGUCGUGGCAUACUGCCGAGCGCUCCAGGACGAGCUGCUGCAGUGGGUGGAAACACUCCUACCUCAGGAAAGAAUACUACAAUCCCUGCCAAGGAUGCGGAUGGAAAAUUCCCUUGCCCUCAUUGCAACAAGACCUACCUCCAUGCAAAGCAUCUUAAAAGGCAUUUACUCCGGCACACGGGUGAUCGUCCGUACAUGUGCAUUCUUUGCAAAGAUACCUUCUCGCGCAGCGAUAUCCUGAAGCGUCACUUUCAAAAGUGCUCGCUCCGACGAGGAAAUCCAACUGGUGCUAGUCAUCUCUCACAUUCACAGGCACAUUUGAAGAAGACCCUCCCUGGACAGAAUAAACAGGCUCCAGCUGGCUCCGAGAAUCCAGAAUUCAACUUGAACGGAGCAGAUGACUUUCAUGAUAAUUCCCUGCCUGCCCCAAUCGGCGGGGUCUCCUCGACCUUGCCUGCCCCUAAUCAAAACAAAUAUCUGGACGAGCCGCACCCUGCUCUCGCUCCUUUGAAUGGCAGUGCUAAUGGCAUCAAGCGACCCAACAGCGGCGACGGUAGAGAUCAACGAAGUCUGACUGGUCCUGGCCCGUCAGGUUCAAAUCGAGCUAGCUUUGACGCAGCCCAUGGGACAGGUAUUCCGUCAACGUAUCAUUCGACCCUUGACCACGGUAUGCCAGCCUAUGCCAUGCCUAACAACCAGGGCCAUUUCUCGCACGGCUAUGACUAUCGACACCAUACCCCUGACCAUGGCUUCAAUUUGGACGCCAACCACAGAAGCAAUAUGUACAACGGCACGCAUUCCGGUACCGGGCAUGAAUUCGACUGGUCAAAUAUGUUUCACGGAAAUUCCCACGACGGCUUCAUGGACCCGCUCUUCCAUUCCUCUGGAGGGCACGCAAACUUGCAUGUGAAGCCUGAGCAAGGCAUGGCUCAUGGGCAUUUUGAUGGGCACCCUGAUGGACACCACGACUCCGCCUUUCCUGGCCUGUACCAGGCGGGGGGCGUUGGGCCAGAAGCACUAGUAGGCACUUUCCCACAUUGGAAUCCUGAGACUUCUCAGGAUGAUCCUUUGCAAGCAAAGGCUGAUCGGCUUGUUGGGUUCUGCCUCUCAGCAGAAGGAGCAGACCAAUCUGUAGAUGAUUACCAGGCGACCGGAGUGCUGAGGCGCAUCUUGAGCGUCGACAACAUCAAGCACUUUGUCCAGCUUUUCGCGAAUUACCAGACGCAUUGGCCCAUUGUGCAUAUGCCAACCUUCAACAUCGUCGAAGCGUUCAACGGCUUAGUUCUCGGCGUUUUGUGUCUGGGUGCCGUCUACUCGGACAAGGUCAGUGGCGCCGAUGUCAAAUUCCUCAUGGAGCGCACUCGCGCAGCCAUUCAACGACACUUCCCCACCGUAUUCCCCACCACCAAAGGUAGCGGCGCCAUCCGUGCCGGUUCGCGCAAUAAUGGUCCUUUUACGUUUGAAGAACUUCAGGCUCUCUUUCUCUUCCAGAGCAUGUGUAUCUGGCACGGCGAUCUGGUUCAGCGGGAGGCUGCCAAACAGUCGCUUGCUACUUUGGUCGCAAUGGUGCGCGAUGCUGGCUUCUUGCAUCCUGCGGGCCCGGGAAGCUCGGCCUACAGCGUUCUGCAUCAGAUCGGCCAGCCUAUCGAUCGGUUCACUGCAGACUGGGACUGGUCUGCCUGGGUGGAACAGGAGAAGCGGUCUCGGCUGAUGUAUGCAUGCUUCCUCAUCGACUCGUCUCUGACCAUUUACUUCAACAUGCCGCCGCAACUUAACCCCUUUGAAAUCCGGCUUCCAUUGCCCGCGGACGAUGCUGCGUGGGAGGCAAAGACGGCUGUCGAAUGUGCCGAUGCUCUCGGGUUGCACGGCUCGACAGCCCAAGGCAGGAACAUCACUGGCAGUCGCCGUAUUCAGCAGCCUGAAAUGAGCCAGGCUCUCAAGGCGUUGAUGAGCCCUGUGUAUGCCUUCCAGACGCGCACGACGAAUGUCUUGUCCAAGUUCAUUCUCAUUCAUGCUCUGCACAUUCUUCUCUGGCAAGGUCAAAGGCAAAUCUCUCAAGGCCUGGGCCUCGCUGGCUGGAGCGAGAUGAGCUUGUCUGACGUGAAUCUUGCCAGGGCGAUGCCGCAGAAUGAUUGGGUCAGCAUGAGCGCCUCUAGUAGCGCUGCUACGAGUGGCCGCGAGACACCUAUUGAAUACGCCACGGGUGCCCAAUCUCCUGGCGGGCAGCAAUUCCUCAAGAGCAUGAACCAGGCACUCCAAAAGUGGAAGCAAGUCUGGGAUGAGGAUCUGUCUCUUCAAUAUCCAGUUGGCUCUCCGAGGCAAUGGAGGCAAGGAUUGUGCCGCGAUGCUGUCCAUUUCUACUGGCUCGCACGCAUCAUCCUUCGCAAUUACCGUGCUCUUGACUGGAAGGUGCCUGCUGAUACGCGCCUGGCUCAGGUGAUGAGUCUCCUGCAAAAGAUCAAGGGUUGGGUUGCGUCCGACCAUGCUGCGCGCGGUGAGGAAGUUGGCUCGGUUGGUAACAUUGAUGACAGCUUCGGUGUUGAAGACCUCAACCUGGAUAUGAAGCUUAUCUACAAGCCUAUCAGCGACCAGACCACUUCUACGGCAGUGCCUGGUGUUGGACAUGUCCCUCUAGGUCUGUAG